UUGGCUCCGCGGAUAGGGCACCGCACCGCGCGCGAAACUGCGCCGCAUCUCGCGCUCAUCGAGGCCGCGCGCCCACGCGCGUGUUGUCCGCCAUCCUCCGGGCGAUCGGCCAGAGUCUUCCUGGCGAGCAGCCAUGGUGUACAGCGCCGCGCAGUGGUGCCCUGGCAGCGAGGCUUUCUGCCUGCAGGCGUGCGACGGCUGGUCCUUCGAGGACAAGAUGGCGCGCCUCGGUUCCCUGAUCGGCCGCGACCGCAGCUUGCACCAGGACGAGAGGCAGCCCGCGCGCCUCGGCGGUCCGCCCGUCAUUUGCACCACGCCCGAGCCGGAUGAUGAGGAGGACGUGGGGUACCAGUUCGGCGACUUCGCCCCUCCCUCGCCGACGUCGUCGGCGGCCUCAUCCACGGCGACGCCCAGCGAUUGCCUACAGGAGCUCGACAACCGGCCCUGCAAGUUUGUCGUGAAGGGCACGUUCAUCCAGGCCGUCCCCGAUGCCCCGCAGCCGCAGACGUUGCGGCGCUCGCGGACGGGCCCGGCGCAGCUGCAGCGCGCGCAGACGGACUCCGUGUUGACGAUGCAGGCCCUGCAGGCCUUCGAGUCCUUCCACGUGCCCGAGGGCGACUUCAACGGGUCCACGGCCACCCAUCUUCCAACGGUGACGUCGGCGCCCCCGCCGCCGGGUGCGCCCAGCCAGAGCCCCGCCGCCCGUUGGGAGCAGGCGCAGGCCCCGCUCCAGGACACCUGGGCGGUGCCGGCCCAGUGCGCGGAGGAGGCCGCGUGGGCGGCGCCGGCGCAGGGCGGGGCCCAGUCUGAGGUAGUGGCGUGGGCGCCAGUGGAAGCGGGCAUCGACCACGACAUUCCUCAGGAGGAGUUGAUCUGCCCCGUCAUGGUUAUUGACGCAGCCUUGGCGGAAGAGGUCCAGAAGAUCCAGCUCCAGAUCGAGUACUACCUCAGCGACUCGAACCUUCAGACGGACGGCUUCUUUCACCAGAAGAUUAGCGAGAGUCAUGAAGGCUGGCUGGACAUCGACCUCUUCAUGAACUGCAAUAUGAUCAGGGCCAUGGGUGCUAGCUACGAGAUGGUCCAGCUCGCCGCCCUCCAGUCCGCCGAGCUGGAGCUGCGGGAGGAGCUGGCGCGGGAGCGG